AUGUCUUCAGGUUGUCUGGUUGAGUGGGACGGUGUGAACUGCUGGCCUGCUGUCAGUGUAGGAGAAAGAGUCUCAGUGUCUUGCCCUCCUCCUCUCCUGAAAUCUCAAGAGCCGAUCAGCCGCACCUGCACUAGUGAGGGAUGGAGUAAUGUGAGUGUGCCUUAUUACAUCGCCUGCUUUCAGGACAACAGCACAGAAGAGGAAGAGAUUGGACAGAUUAGUGAAUAUUUUGCGAAGGUGAAGCUGAUCUACACAGUUGGAUAUGGCAUGUCCCUCAGCUCCCUCUGCAUUGCAGUCUUCACCUUCUGUAUCUUCAGGAAGCUUCUGUGCAGACGGAUCUACAUCCACCUUAACCUCUUCUCCACAUUCAUCCUGAGGGCUUUGGCAGUAUUUGUGAAAGAUGCUGUUUUAUUCGCUGAUGAGACUGUCAAUCACUGCACAGUCUCCACGUUACAUAUUUCACAGGUGAACUUUCUGAUGUUCGUUAAUAUAAGCAGGAUUAUAAUUGUAAAAACAAAAACCCCAGACUCAAAUGGAGGAGACAAGCGAUUUUACAGACGACUGGCCAAAUCAACUCUUCUGCUAAUCCCUCUUUUCGGAGUGCAUUACAUUGUAUUUGCUUUGUUUCCUGAACAUGUUGGUCUAGAGGCAAGACUCUUCUUUGAACUUGUGCUCGGCUCCUUUCAGGGUUUCAUUGUGGCACUGUUAUACUGCUUCUUGAACAGCGAGGUAGGUGCAUUAUUUAUCAUUUGA